AUGAAAAACUACACCAAUAACAAAAAUAGUAACAGGAACAUCAAUAACAGCAACAGCAACACCAAUGCAAACAAUGGCAACAGCAAUAACAGUCAGAACAUUAACAAUAACCAAAAUAAUCAGAAUUUCAACAUUAACGACCAAAUCACCAAAUUGCCUUCGGACAAGGACCUACUGGCCGCAGCACACAGCCAAUUUGAACUGGACCCCAUGCGCCCUCCCAUCGUACGCCUCACGCCACAAUCAACGAAUGGCGACGGUCGCUUCUUAAAGGCCAGACUUCGCGAACCAAAAAUAAUGAAUAUUGUACGCCUAUACCUGACAUAUAUGAAGGACCAACAACCAUCUAUUUGCGUGGAAGGAAUGACGCCAACCAGCAUCAAAAUGACGCUCGCAUCCGAAGGACUACCGACCGCACCCGACUAUCUUCUGCGCAUUUUUAUCGAAGUCUAUCAGGAAUAA